AUGAUCAUCUUUUUUUUUCUUUUUUUUUUCUUUGCAAAGGCAUAUUUAUUUAUUUUUGGUAGUUACUUUGAUCCUUUGUUCCAUCCUUACUCUCCUGCUUCCAUCUCCUUCCUCUCCACGUUCCGCUCCAAAACCCGCGGCGUUCUUCCGCCUUCUAUAUAUUCUUCCGCCUUUCUCUGUAAUCUCUUUUGUUUUUAUCCUUUCUCUAACUCGCACUCCCAACCCAUUCCCCCACACACACACUGUUGGUUCUUUCUUUUUAUUGAUAAUUCUCGCACAAACGAACCUAUAUUUCUUCCUUUCCCAAAAUCAUUUUUCGAUUUUUUUUGGAAUUGGCGUUGUUUUCUUUCUUCCUUUUUUUUUUCUUUCCGUUUCUUUUUCUUUUGUUUUAAUUUCAUUGCAUUUUCCAUCUUGCUUUUUUUUUUCUUUUCUCGUUCGCUUAUCUUUCUUUUUUCAUUGCUUUUGCUUUUUCCUAUUUUCUUUCUUUCUUUCUUUCUUUCUUUCUUUCUUUAUUCUUCUUCAAACGCAUUCUCCGUUCCGUUUGUCUUUAUUCUUUCUCUUCUUCUUUCCUCUCUAAAACCCUUCCCUUCUUUCUUAGUUUCUUUUUUUCUUUCUUUCUUUCUUUCUUUCUUUCUUUCUUUUUUUCUUUCUUUAUUCUUCUUCAAACGCAUUCUCCGUUCCGUUUGUCUUUAUUCUUUCUCUUCUUCUUUCCUCUCUAAAACCCUUCCCUUCUUUCUUAGUUUCUUUUUUUUCUUUCUUUCUUUCUUUCUUUCUUUCUUUCUUUCUUUCAAUUCUGUCGUUUGUCUUUUUUUCUUCGCUUAUCUUUCAUUCUUCUUUGUUCUUUCUUUCUUUCUUCUGUUUGUUUAUUUAUUUAUUCGUAGAAUACUCACCUUCUUUCUUUCUUUUUCUUUUUCUUUCUUUCGUUGUAGAAUACGAGUCAUCUUUCUUUUUUCUUUCUUUCUUUUUUUCUUUCUUUCUUUCUUUCUUCGUAAAAUAUUCACCUCCUUUCUUUCUUUCUUUGUAGAAUUCACACCUAAUUAUUUUUUCUUUCUUUCUUCACAGAAUACUCACCUUCUUCCUGUUUUCUUUCCUUCUUCCCUACUAACCUUCUUUUUUUUUUUCUUUCUUUCUUUCUAUCUUUACUAUUUUAUUUUUUCUUUCUCUUUCUUUCUUUCGUUCUUUCUUUCUUUCUUUUUCUCUUUCAUUCUUUCUUUCUUUUUACUUUCUUUCUUUCGUUUUCUCAUUCUCUCUUUUUUUCAGGCUUUGUUUCUUUCCAUCUUCUUUUUUUCUCUUUCUUCCCUUUUCUUUCUUUAUUAUUUCUUUCUUUUUGUCUUUCUUUCUUUGGUUCGUUCUUUUUCUUUCUUUCUUUCUUUCUUUCUUUCUUUCUUUCUUUCUUUCUUUUCUCUUUCUUUAGUUUAUUGUAUAUUAUCUUUCUUUCUCUUUUCUCGCUGUUUACCUUAUUUUUUUUAUUUUUUUAAUCUACAUUAUUUUUACUGCUUGAUUUUUUUUGUAUUUUAUUUUCAUUUUAUUUACUUAUAUUUAUUCAUUUCAUUCUUUUCUUCUUCUUUCUUUUUCGUUUGGUCCUUUUUUCAUCUUUACUUUCUCAUUUUAUUGUUCUUUUUUCUUUUGUUUUCUGCUUUCUUUCUUUCUUCUUCUUUUAGUCGUUUUCUUUUCUUUGUGACGCUUCCUCUUUCUUUAUCCAUUUUUUUUUUCGUUUUUGAAUUUUUUUUCUCUCUUUUUUUCUUUUCUUAUUUAAAUUACUUUACAAAUUUCAUUUUCUUUUUUAUUUGUUUCUUCUUCAAUUUGUUAAGAUCCAUUUUCUUUUUUCUUUCUUGUUUUGUAAUUUUUGACUUUUCUCUUUCAUUUCUUUAUUCUUACUUUCAAUUUGACUUUUCCUUUUUUUCUUUCUUCCCUUUCUUUACGGCUUCCGCUUCAUCCUUUAUUUUUCUUAACUAUUCGCCUUAA